UUUGGCGCGACUGACCGAAAAAGAAUUUCAUGAGCUUCUCCGGUUGGGAAGAACAGUUCAAUACUUUUAAGGAAGUAAAUUUUUGUUAAACAAAAAAUACUCGCCAUAAAGUAAUAGCUUUUUACGGUUACAAAUAGAAGAAAAAAUAAUAAAACUUAAACGUCAUAAGAGAAAACGUCAUGAUAACCAAUUAAGAAAAAAAAAAAAGAAGUUUAGAAAACAUGUGUUUGUUUAAUAAAAUUUUUUAAAAUUAAAAAAUAAUAUAAAUAUAUUUUAAUUGUUUAUGAAAAUGUAUUUUAAAUGUGGCAAUUAUAGUUAUUAUUUUAAAAAAAUCAACAAUUGUUAAGAAUUACUAACUAAAAAUUUAAGAAAAAUAAAAUCAUGAUGUUUGGCAUUUGUGAUUUGGAAACAUUUUUUAAAGUCAACAUAACCUAAAAAGGAAAAAAUUUAUAUAAAAAAUUUAAUUAAAAAAUACAUGAAAUAAUUUAAAAAAAAGUGAAAUUAAGUGUUUUGUAACAAAUAAAAUUAAAUCAUAAUCCAAAUAAAAUACUUAACACAACAGCUGGUAAUUGGAUUUCUGCUGCAUAUUGGAUUUUAAUAAAACAAAUAUUUUUGAUAAAAUGGAGGAUGAAAAUGACGAUAGAGAUGACACUAAAAGAAGAUCUCGAAAUCUUAGUGAAAAGAAACGUCGAGAUCAGUUCAAUUCAUUGGUCAAUGACUUAAGUGCAUUAAUCUCAACCUCAAGUCGGAAAAUGGACAAAUCAACUGUACUCAAGUCAACAAUAGCAUUUCUAAAACAUCACAAUGAGGCAACCGAUCGUUCGAAAGUGUUUGAAAUACAACAGGACUGGAAACCCUCAUUCCUAAGCAACGAUGAGUUUACGCAACUAAUGCUGGAGUCAUUGGAUGGUUUUAUUAUAGUUUUCGGUAGUCGUGGUUCCAUAUUUUAUACAUCCGAUAGUAUAACAGCUCAAUUGGGUUAUUUACCGUGUGAUCUCACGAAGAGAACAAUUUUCGAUUUAGCUUACGAAAUGGAUCAUGAAAAUCUCUUAAAUGUUUUCCUAAAUCAUAAACCCGUCAUUGAACCAAUGCAAACCGAUAUCAGUUCACGCAACCAAAUCACAUUCUUUGUGCAUCUGAAACGUGGUGGAAUUGAUGAUCGUAGUAGUGGCAAUACAUAUGAAUUAGUAAAAUUUGUAGGUUAUUUUAGAAAUGAUGCUAAUGUAGAAGGAAGUAUGCAAAAUACUCAAACUGCGUUACCACGUAUUUUACAAAUGAAUGCGGCCAAUGAGAUUGAUAAGAAGUUGAUAUUUGUGGGUACGGGACGUUUACAAAUGCCUCAGUUGAUACGUGAAAUUACGGUAACGGAUCCUACGCGCAAUGAAUUCACCUCUAAACAUAGUAUGGAAUGGAAAUUUUUAUUUCUGGAUCAUAGAGCACCGCCCAUAAUUGGUUAUAUGCCAUUUGAAGUUUUGGGUACCUCAGGUUAUGACUACUAUCAUUUCGAUGACAUUGAUGAUAUAGUAAAUUGUCACGAGGGUUUAAUGCAGUCUGGUAAAGGUAAAUCUGGUUACUACCGUUUUCUAACCAAAGGCCAGCAAUGGAUUUGGCUACAAACCGAUUUCUAUAUAUCUUACAAUCAAUUUAAUGCCAAACCUGAUUAUGUAGUCUGUACCCAUAAAGUUGUUAACUAUGCCGAUGUGCUCAAGAAUCAGAAAAAAGAUAAACAAGGUCUAUUAUCGAACACCAUUUCUGCUGACAAGAUCAAAUCUCCCGCCUCGGUUGUACGUGAUUUAGAAUCAUCCAACUGUCAUGUAGAAACAUCAGCAACAACACCCGCCACAACAUCGACUCUUACGACUGGCAACAGUAGUAGUGGCUUGUGUAAUAGUGUUACAUUACUAGGCGACAUCAUAAGCAAUGAAACAUCGCCCAGUAUGGAUACUUUAUGGACAAAUGCAUCAACACCAACGGGAGCUGGGACUAGUCAUAUUAAUCCAUUAAAAUCGGCAUCACGUCCAGCUUCCAGUUAUGGUAAUAUUAGUUCAACUGGUGUUUCGCCAAAUGUCAAAAGAAAACGUUAUCCGUAUCAUUAUAGAGGCAAUGAAUCGGACUCCACAUCAAUGUCGGCCGAUUCCGGUACGAGUAGGCAUUCAUUAAUGACACACGUAAGUUCGGGUCGCCAAAGACUUUCAUCUAGUAUGCAUCAGCAAAAUGUUAACUCAUCUGGAAAUCAACAUCAGCACCAUCAUCAACAGCAUUCCAUGUCCAUGUCAACUCACAAUCAACUUCCACAAGUACUAAACCACCAACAACAGCAUCAACAAACACAUCACCAUCAGCAAACUCAACAGCAAAUUUCCAUGCAAGUGAAUACAAGCACUGGUCAACAGGGACAACAGAAAAUGCUGCAAAUGCUGCCACAACACUCAACGGCAACUAUGGCAGGAAAUAAUUCAUGUCAAUUUUCUCAUCCUCCAUUUCCUCUGCGCAAUCCUCAAAUAGUGGCACCCACAUUUCUAGAACCACCUCAAUAUUUAACUGCGAUACCAGUGCAACCAGUGAUAGCACCGUUUCCUGUGGCUCCGGUUAUUUCGCCUUUACCGGUAAGAAUUUUUUCAUCAUCAGAUAAUGAUACAGGUAUAGGGUCAUUCUCAUCUUCAUCCUCUUGCCUCUUAAAGAAUCAAUCGGAUAUGCUAGCAGGACCUGUGAUCAUGACUCCCACCCAGAGUCAGUUGCAAGAACAAUUGCAACGUAAACAUGAUGAAUUGCAAAAACUAAUCAUGCAACAGCAGGACGAAUUGCGUAUAGUGUCCGAACAAUUGCUAUUGGCACGCUACACUCUACUGCAGCCCAUGAUGCCGGUCAAUUACAAUACGCCCGUGACGGUGGGGAAUAAUACUCGAAACUAUAAUUACAACGGCAAUACCGUGCAGCCGCAAUUCAAUCAGUAUGGUUUCGCCAUGAAUGCGGGUGAAAUGCAAAAUCAACAAGAUCAGCAAAUGAUGAUGCAACAACAGCAUAAUCUGCAGCAACAAAUGCAUCAAAAUCAUGCCCAACAACAGCAAUCGGCGCAGCAGUUACAACAAACUCUUAUGCAACCGCAACAUGUCAAUCAUCAUGAACAGCAUGUGCAGCCUCAAACAGAGCAAUUGUUAAUGAAUCGUACCGUGCCCGAUUUAGAUCAAUUUGCCCAAGAAGAAUUCGAUGCUUUCCUUAAUCUCUCACCUUUACAUAGCAUGGAGGGUUCACAAAGUAAUAUGAAUCCUUUGACUAAUAUCAAUAACAAUAACAACAAUAGUAAUCAUUUAUUAAAUCAAAAUGUUACCAACAGCGCGAAUACUAAUAACCCAAGUGUCAACAACACCAACACCCUACAAACAACCCCUUUUAGUGCAAACCCCAAUAAUAGCGAAGACUCUUUACUUUCCUACAUGCAAAUGGCGGCUGAAGCAAGUCCAGCUCUCAAUUUUCCCAUGGGUAUCAGUGAUGACGGUUCCGAGAGCCAAACUGAAGACACAAAACUUUUACAAAACACCAAUACAUCACAUCAUCUGCCCGGUGGCACGGGAACAACACAGUCUACAGUGGUUCAACCACAACAACGUUCACCUUCAUUCUUUCCUCCGCAUAAUUUUCAAAAUCUCACCGUUGCCACACAUAAUACCAAUGUAAAUAAUUCAUCAAAUAGUACUUCCACAACGACAAAUCCUAGUAAUAAUGCUGCAGAUUCCUUACCGUCAGAUUUAGAUUCUAUAUUACCGUAUCCCAUAACGCAAGAUCAAUCACAAAAUCUAUUCAAUACGAACAAUACGCAACAUAAUGCGGGAAGUAGUCAAUAAUAUUAGGUGAAAUUAAAAGGAUUUUUAAAAUAGAUAAUCGUGAUAAUAGUAAGAAAUUGUAAUGUAAAUAGAUAGUAGUACUUAUGUAUGCAAAUUUCUCGAGAUAGAGUUGAGUGUCUAGAAUGUUCUUAUCAGACUUUAAAGUUUUUAUUAUAUUCGGAAUCGAAUAUUGGCUCUGAAGUUUUAAAUGCUCAAAAUUCUGACCUUUCAUGGUUUUGUGUUGCAUCGAAAUAUUGGUCAUAGAACCACAAAAAAAUAUUUACUUUAGGUCUUUAUAAGAUUAUAAUUAUUUGUAGAUAUGUUUGUAUAUAUAUGAAUCUGUCCUAGGAUGCUGAAACUUUCCUAAAAUAUGGAUAAUAUCGGUCCACCACUUCACCUAUUUAAUUAAAAUCCCAUUAAAAUGUUAAAUGUGCAGCAAUUGUGAUAAAAUUUUGAACAAGUUAAAAGUCAAAACCUAAAGUAUAGACAUUAUCAGAUCACAGCUGACCUUAGCCUCUUCAGAAUCACCUUUAAUAUUUUCAGUUAAAACAUAUGUAUCCAAAUUUUCUUAGCAAUUUGGACAUGUCGAACAAGAAUCCAUCAAAAUAUUGAAAAUCUUAAUUAAAAUAAUUAAGAAUAUUUUUGAGAUAUCGAGGAUUUCGGAAAAAUAUUAAUACAUACUUUAAUUUCCCUUGAACAAUUUUUAAUUUUUAAAUAAAACAAAAUUUUAAAAACAAAAUAUAUCAAAACAUAUUCUAAUAUAUCUCGCCAGAAAACUUGCGUUGUGUAAGAUAGAAUAACCUAGUAAGCCCAUAUUGUAUAUAAAAAUAUCUUAUAAUUUAAUCCUUAGUGCAAAUCUAAUAUUUUGUAAUAAUAAUAAUAAUAUUGUAAAUUAAAUAAUUUAAUGAUUUGUAAAUUAAUUAACAAAUAUUUCCUUAAUGUUAUUUAUUUUUAAGUAUUGAGUGUAAAAAAGUCUUUUCACGGUUAUGUAUUUAAGUUUUUUUAUUUAAUUUUAAACUAAUUUAGUAUUUACUUAAAUAUAAUCAAAGCCCAUUUGCAAUACUGGUGAUAUUAAGUAGAAAAUAUUUUAUUUUAAACACAAAAAAAAAACCUCAAAUAAAAUUAUACCCAACGAUAAACCCAUCGUAAAUGAAAGACAUAAUUAUAAGAGAUACAGUUUGAAAUAUAUUAUUCAUAAAAGACAUCUUUUCGAAAGCUUCCUUAACAUUCAGAAACUUGAAAAAGUCGAAAGCCUGAGACCAAGUUUCAUGUCCUCACCUAGGAAUUUCUCCAUCACCUCUGGGAUUUUAGAUAUCGUGGCCUGAAGUUAAAAUACGCAAUUUUUGGCCUUUGUGAGACUUUAAGACAAUCUUAUUUAUGAAAUGUUAUAUGUCAUCUGAAAGUAAAGAUAUCUCGAAAAAGAAAGAAGAUAUGUCAGUUGUUAAGCCUUUAUUUUAAAGUUGACAGAAUGGACUUUCAAAUUGCAUACAACAUUUUAUAAAUAAGAUUGUCUUGGCGCUGUUAUAACGGGCCAAAAAUUUAUUUUUUUAACUUCAAAUCCUAGAUGUAAUGGAGAUAUUCUGAAGCCAGAUUCAUUUGAUAUUUGGAUUCAGUUUUAUAUAUUUUGUUCAGAUGUUUAUAAUUUUAUUUAAGACUUAAUUUUUUUUAAUUCUACACAACUAUGGUGUGGAGGGUUUUAUGACCUAUGACUCAGAAUAACUUUCUGAAGCCGUUCAUAUGUCCGAUCAUGUCGAUUAAAAAAAAAAAUUGAUGAAAUUUGACAAAAAGAUAUUUUGAACCCAAUGACUAAGCAAGCUGAAAAUUAUUGAUAUCCGUACAAAGUCCAAAUUAAUAUUAAUAUUGCUACGAAAGUCGACUUGAAUAUGUUGUACAUGAACAUAAAAUCAUCCAACACUUUCUUCAGUUUCGGUCCAUAUUUGAUCUUAGUCCAAAGUUUAUCAAAAAGUCACUACAGUCCAUAAUUGAAGCAAUUCCCACAUAGAACGCUUUAAAAAUUCACUUAAAUGGUUAAUGGUAUUAUAUAUACAAAACAGUUACCUGAGAAAUCCGACAUAUUUACAUAAAUGAAUGAAAAAUAUAGAUAAAAUCUUUUGGUUUGGUUGAUAGGAGAUCAGAAGAACUACAACAAGGCCACUAUCGGUCCUAUAGUGCGAAAAAGCAUAAACUUUAUAUAGUGAUAGAUGAGGCUGUUAUCGUCCGAUGUUCAAAAACUCAGUUUCCUGAACUAAAUUCCUUAGCAUUUUCCAAUCAGUGUUCGUGAAGCAUGUUAUAUAUGGAAUAAUAUCACUACUGAGAUGUCCACAUGCCCUACAUUCCUCUGAAUCCCCACAUUCAAUUUUGUAUAAUUGUGCUCGUAAUCCUGUGUGUCCUCUCAGAAUAUGUGUCAUCAAAACAACCUUAGACUUGCUCAUUUAAAGUAGGCGACUCUUUUGGCUCUCGUUAGGGUCACCCUAUACGAUCUUUCUGAUUCUACCCACCGUUUCAUUAUUAUAAGAGGUCUCAUAGGAUUCUCUCGUCCAUAUUUAAAAUUCUGCCCUUGUCCCUUUAAAGCAAGUUAAUUAGCUCUUUCGUUGACGACUACUCCCGAGUAGUCCAUAUUAUGCAAAGCUUACAUCUGUGAGAGUAUUUGGUUAGAUCUUUCUUAUAACCCUAUACGGUCUUAGAUUUUACUUUCUAAGCUGAUAUCGCCCUAAUUGCCUGCUGGUUGUCGGUAAAUAUGUUAACCUCUCCUGGCGUCAUAUUUAUUCUAAUCCAAUUUACGCAUUUUGUUAUUGAUCAGACUUCUGCCUGGAAUUUAGUGCUGCGAUUAGUAGUCAGUAGUAUAUUUCUGUUCCAUCUUCAAUAUAAAACCCCGGGACCGUUUAUGGUUCAGUUUCCAGAAUCCUUAAAAUGCGACAAUUGAACAUCUCAUAACUCAUCGUUAAAACGAUUACUUUUACAUUAAGUGAAGAACCGGAAUUGAUCCACGAUCCAGCUUGAAGUUGAUUUUACGACGUUUGUAAAGAGUAGAUCAGAAUUGAAUACAUAGUAUAUUUUACGUUCAUAAGAUCAUUAAAUUCUUAAGUACUAUGUUAAGAAAAAAAUCUUUAAAAACUCUAAUUCCACCAAUUAAGAAACCGAAUAGAGUUUCUGUUGCUUGAGCUAUGUAAUCCUAACAGUUUGAUAUCAUUAGGUUGAAGUUAUUCAUAAUAUUCGUCUUCCUCCUUAAAGUUCUAGACAUCUAAGGUCCGAUAUUUUUAAACUUUUCACAGUAUCGCCCUGAAUGUAAAAAAAAUUUCAAGUGAAUCGAGCAACUUUGACAUCCUUAUGAACAUUAAGAAGAAAAAUGAUCCUAUCAUCUAGGAAAUUAUCUAAAAGCCUAAGAUUGUAUACGAAACAUCUAUUAUCAUUAUAAAUAUUUAGGGUAAAAACGGAUGGACUAGAAAUAAUAGCCGUGGCACCUCUCAUGUGAUUAACUACUAUAAGUCGUUUAUUUUAGAAAAUGUAACAGAAAGAGUCCUCUAAUCUUUACUAGCGCUUUAACUUGUUUCCCCUAAAUUUUAACAGAUAUGUAUUUCAAACUGUGUCUGAAAUAACACAUUCAAUAAUUUGUGAUUUCAUUUUAAGCUUUAAUUUAGAUCGUAAUUAUAAUUGAAAAUUAAUUUUAAACAAAACUUUUGUUCUAUCUCAUUAAUAUUAAAUAUUGAAACAUGUAAAUAGUUUACUAAAUAGUAAAUUGAAAUAAAUGUGAAUUGAUUUCUUUAAGUGUACAUAUUAUUUUUAUAAGAUAGAUUAAGACAACAUAUACAUAUGUAAAUAACUUGCAAAAUUAAUGUUAUUAUAGAUUUUUAUAAACAAUCAAACUAAUUAAGCACACAUUAGUAAAAUUAUUAAAAUUAAUCCAUGGAAAAAAAAAACAAACGAUGGAAAAUAAAGCAGAAACAAAUCAUUAAACUUA